CUCGCAUCACUAUCCUGCCAGUAGACAUCGUAUCAUCCGUUGUCACGGUAGAGGCGUGUGAAGGUGUUGAGAAAGAUGUGUUUCUAGUAGUUAAACGGUGGCACGGAUGCUGAUAAUCACGAUUCGCAAGUAAUGGUGUGUGUGCCACCAUGUAGGUAAACCGACUCGACGUUUAACUGGGUAUCAUUACCAUUGUACGUUACGAAAGUGUCUAGUUAUAUAUAAAGUGUUCUACCUAGAGAAUGACAGCUAUUCUGCCACUGAAGAUGGUCGGGGCACGUGAAUUUUUACUCCUAAUUACAGUCGUCGUGGUUAUCCUGGGACCUUCCCGUGUCGAAUCCAUCAGGAUUAGGGCCAAGAAAAAUGUCGACAUCGAUCUGGGGACGCCAGAGUUGAUAAUGAAAUAUGGUUAUCCGAUUGAAAUUCACCAUACCGUUACCGAGGAUGGAUACAUCCUGGCCAUGCACAGGAUCCCCGGAUGCGUUUCGAAGGGCGAAUAUAAGGCAGCGUGGAGAGGUGCUGUUCUCCUGCAACAUGGAUUAGCUGGCAGUUCAGCGGACUGGGUCAUAAUGGGUCCUCAACGGUCCUUGGCUUACUUGCUCGCUGAUCGAGGAUACGACGUAUGGCUUGGAAACAGUCGUGGAAACCUUUACUCGAGAAAUCAUACCGUUCUUUCACCGGAGGACAGAUUGUUCUGGAAUUUCAGCUGGCACGAGCUUGGGGUCUUCGACCUCCCAGCAACGGUGGAUUACAUCCUUGCUCAGACGUUGCUUUCGAAAAUCUUCUACGUUGGCCACUCUCAAGGGACGACACAGUUCUGGGUCAUGGCUUCGGAGCGUCCCUCGUACAACGAGAAGAUCAUCUUAAUGGCUGCUCUGGCACCCGCAGCUUAUACUAGCAAUCUACGAGGGCCAGUUACGCAACUUGCUGUACUGACACCAAUUGGAGUGUGGGUUGGAGAGAACUUUGGAUAUCCGGAGUAUACGCCAAGAUCAACGUGGGCAAACAUCGUUUCGACCUUCAUCUGCAGGGAUUCGUCUUUCACCCAGUUCUUGUGCAGUACUGUUCUCUUCCUCAUUGCUGGUUUCAGUCCCGAUGAACUGGACUCUGCGAAUCUACCUGUAAUUGUUGGCCAUAUACCAGCCGGCGCGUCCUGGAAGCAGUUCAUACACUUCGGGCAAGGGACUAUGGAGCAGGGACGUUUCCGAAAAUUUGAUUUCGACAACGCUGAAAAAAAUUUACGUGCUUACAACGUCAGUGUACCACCAGAAUAUCCUUUGGAAAAAAUUACAACUCCAGUUGCAGUUUUCAGCAGUAAAAAUGACUGGCUCGCUACACCAAAGGAUGUCAGCCUUCUGGCAUCGAAGCUCCGAAACUUAAUACUGUCUUACAUAGUGCCCAUGGAUACUUUCAAUCAUUAUGACUUCCUGUGGGGAAUGCACGCUCCGGAAUUGGUUUACGAGCGUCUCUAUACAGUGCUAGAAGAAUUUUCUACAUGAAUAAUUGAAAAUCUUGCACCUAAAAAUGUU